UCCCCACUACGCGCCAGGAACCCCGAUUCCCAGCCGGCCCUAUCGUGCUGUCGCUUUAAGGUCGGGCGGGGCGGGCUGGGCGACGGCACCUGGGGCCGCCCAAGCCGGGCCACCCAGAGUCUCGGCGGCGGCGAGCGGCGAGGGCGCGGACCGAGGCCGCAAGGGGCGGCAGAGCGGACGCCACCGGCGCGGCGGGCGAGAGCCCAGGACCCGACGCGGAGAGGGAGCGCGCGGCGGUCUUGCGCGCUCGGAGGGCGCGGCUGCCCAGCUGUCCCGCAGCCACUAUGCCUUCAGGCCCGCCGGGCUCCCCGCGCGCAGACCGCGCCUGACGCCUGUCGCCCGAUGACCGCGCCCCAGCUUUCCCGAUGGCAGGUUAGCGAGUGCCCUGCCUGCCUUGGUGAUCCAGCUGGAGGGAGGAAGGCCCACACAAGCAGAUGACCACAUGCCACGUGAGAACACACUCCAGAUGUGUGACAGGGGCCAAGUGGCCUCCACCUUUCGCUGUUGCAUGACCAUCGGUGGCACAGUGUUGCUGGUGGCCGGGACACUCUGCUUCGCGUGGUGGAGUGAAGGGGAUGCAGAGGCUCCGCCUGGCCAGCUGGACCCUCCUGCUGAGCAGGCCACGUCCCAGGCCCCGGGCCCCCUGCUCAGGCCCGUCAGCUUCUUCUGCUGCGGUGUAGGUGGCCUGCUGCUCCUCUCUGGCCUGCUGUGGUCCCUCAAGGCCAGCAUGCGGGGGCCACCCCGGUGGGACCCAUACCACCUCUCCAGAGACCUGUACUACCUCACUGUGGAGACCUCGGAGGAGGAGAGCUGCAGGACCCCAAAGGUGGUUUCCAUCCCUACUUACGAGGAGGCCACGCACUGCCCACUGGCAGAGGGCUCCCCAGCACCACCUGCACGCCCCACGGAGGAAGGCCGGAAGUGUGGCGCCCCAGGGGACGUCCUGCUGGGGACCCCGCCCCCCUUGGCUCUGCCCAGCUACGAGAGCGUUUUCCUUGCUCUCGAUGCCAUUUCUGGAGACACAACACCUGCUCCAGGUGCUGCCCGCUCCUUCCCAGGUCUGGCUCAGACUGCAGGGCAGGAUGGGGGGAAUUACAGGCUCCUGGCAGACCCUGAAACUGGCGACAAGUGUAAUACGCCAUUUAAAGAGUCUCCUACAGUGCCUGGUAUGCAGUAAGCACUCAACGAAGGUCUGUUGCUGAAUGCUGUUUCAUGUAUCUAUUGCUGUGUACAAACCACCCCAAAAUCUAGUGAGUUAUAAUAAAUCCCUUUUUAUUAUGUCUCACA